AUGGGCGUUCAUGGACUCUGGCGACUUUUAGACACCUUUGGUGAGGUGACACAGCCGGAAAUGUGGAGUGGCUGCCGUGUAGCCAUUGACGCCAGUAUUUGGAUAGCCCAAUUCCGGUCCCAGGCGCCUUCCGAAGAUGCGAGUAACAGAAUAAUCCAAGGGUUUUUCCUUCGUAUACUCAAACUAUUGUUUUACGGCAUCGAACCCAUUUUUGUGUUCGAUGGGCCUACGUCCGCUCUCAAGGCCAAAGAGCACCGUCGGCGGCAAACAUUACGUGGGGUUUUCGAGCAGUCGUUGCUGAAGCGUCGUGCGCAUCAAAUCGUUUCCGCUCUUGCUUCGUCGGGCCAUCUAGAUGUAACUCGUUUAAAACGUAGAGAGACCAAUGAAAGGUUACCGGAACCCCUAGAGGCACAAGGUCAGGAGUCGGGUAUGAAAGCUAAGAAUGUCGCUCUUUUGCACACUGAUUGCCGAAAGAUCCGCACUGAAGCUUCAUUUGGCCAUAAAAAGGAUGAAUCCGUCUUUACCGGAAACCUGUGCGGCACCAUUGCUCCACGUAGCAAAUCUCAUCAUCGCAAACAGUGCAAUUUAAUCCCGGAAGAAAUUUCCAAGGUAACGAUGCUGUCUUUCCUCAAUGAAGCUGAGGAUUUAAUUGGGCAGCGUAAGAAAGGUGAGCGGUGCGUUUUGAACAACUCCUUGAGGUACAGUAGUUCCUCCCUUUUUAUGGGUCCAAGAUUUGCGCUUCUUUCUGAAGGCCAGCGAAGUCAUCCAGGGUCUUUAGAAGCCCUUGAUUGCACGACUCCUGAGAUCACGAUCGUGGAUGGCAUCAGCCCACAUCGCUACCAUAGUGAUGUUGUAUUGGUUGAUACAGAUGAUGAGUUUCAUGAUGCAUCGUCGGUCGUGCUGACAAUAAGCUCUUCAUAUGAAGAAAGCAGUGAAGGGUCCCUUGUGCAGCCGUCGGCGGAUGCUGGCGUGUGCAAAGAGCAGAAAAAUCUUUCUAGCACCAGUGUCAGUAUUCCGCACAAACGGUGCCGUUAUGAGUCUCUAAAGAGAGCCCUUAUGAAGCAGUCCCCCGAAGCUUCCCGUCCAGAUGGAAAAUUUUUGGAACCUGGGAAGAACAAAUUGAGUCCACAAGUUCUGUCUCUUGAUGAUUCUAUCGUGAGCAACGAAAAUCUGUUAGAAUCCUCUACAUCCAUCAGCUCCAGCUUUUAUGCUUCUUACUGUAGAGACAGUGACGAUGAUUUUAGUGUAGCAAAAGGAAAGCACGAGGCAGGUUUUGUAUGGGAUCCUAGUACGCAGCGACAGUACGAACGACUAGAAAACGUUUUUGAGGUGUCGCCGCACUCAACCCCGCUAAGCAAAGCCAAAGACGACGACAUGAGUUCAACCCCCCAAAAUGAUUUAAUACCGAUUAAUCUACCCUCGUAUGGGAGGGUAUUUAGCGGAUCUAACGCGGUUUUAGAGGGUAACGAUUCUCAUGAGUGGAUGUCUUCCUGGCUGACGGCCACGUCCGAAGGGGACGUGGGAGGGGAAGCCGAAGUCUGGGCUCGAGACCUGUCCGAUUCUGCACGCUCAGCAUUUCUCACCAAAGGGAUCCCUGGGUACCAGAGCAAGGUGAUCCAGAGAGGUGUGUCAUUCAACAGGGAACAAUUCACGCUACCCCAUUUUCCACUCCCCACAACGGUGCCGCACCAGCAGGGCGAUCCUCUAUCCAACCCACCGAUUGCUGGUGGCGGUGUCUGUGGCGAUCGUUACAAGCGGGCGGUGCCCUUUGAACUUCUAGAGAUUGUGAAUCUUCUCAUGUGCUUUCAGAUCCCGUAUGUUAUCAGCCCCUCCGAGGCGGAUGCACAGUGUGCGUAUCUGGCCUGUAAUGGCUUGGUGGAUGCAGUAUUUACUGAGGAUAGCGAUGUGAUAGUGCAUGGCGCGCUUGUGGUUCUCCGUGGCUUCUUUUCGUCAAAUAAGAAUGUUGUGGCAUACCGACAGGCAGAGCUUGAGGCCUGUGGGAUUGACAAACGCGUUCUUGUUGCGCUUGCCCUUCUCGUAGGUUGUGACUACACAGAAGGUAUCCCAGGUUUAGGUCUGAGCGGUGCCCUGGAGGCCCUUGUUGCCUCCUGGCUUCCCAUUAGGCACGAUGAAAAUGAAAGGACAAAUGACACACGUGAUGACAUAGCCUUUAUUAUCAACACCCUUUUCCGCUGGAAGUCGUUGGUAAAGAAGAUGCCUACUUCAUGGUCAGAUGCGGGUGAUAAUGACUUGUCUCUCCUACAGCUCCUGCUUUUUCAAAGAAACAAGUCGUCUUGGAGUUGCUUGCACCUGCCGGAGGCAUUCCCAAAGCACAGCGUUGCGGAGGCCUUUUAUGAGCCUCUUGUAGAUCCCGACCGCACGCCUUUUCUAGCUCCGAACCCACAGUGGCAACAGGUGUGGCGCUAUGCUGCAGAGAACGGGUUGCUGGAAUCUUCCUGGGUGCGACAACGUCUUGAACUGGCACAGAAAGGAUGGAGCCGCAGAAGGGAGCGGGGCACCGUCCUAAUCGAAAGUGGAGAGUCGAGGGCUCGUCAACGUCAUCUAGAAGAGUUUGGCAUGAAGACAAGAAUCGGAGAACGGUGGGCAUAUAAGAAACAACCAUUGCGGUGGUCUACAGUGCUGGCCCAACUCCGAGACAUUAAAAAGCUCCGCAUCGACACUGAGCGAUGA